AAUAACUAUACAAUAUACGUACUAUAAAAUAGACUAUAGAGAAAGCAGGUCUUUCGUACAGGUGUUAGCACUGUCAAAGAAAUUAUAUUGAAAAUGACACAGGAAACUAAAAAAAUAAAACCGAAGCAAGUAGAAAAAGAAAAAAGUCAAAAGGAAGAGAAAACUGAAAAACAUGUGAAAGAAGACACAACUGACAAUGUUAAGUUAAAAUAUGGACCUUCAAUAAGAUUUCCUUAUCAAAGAGUGUGGUCUCGUUCUGCCCUGAUAUUUCCAGCGUUAUUUAUAGUUUGGUAUAGCAGCAGACAGGGUAAAGAGAUUUAUUUAGCGAGACAAAAAGAGAUUUUAUUAAGUCGCACGCUGAAUGUUGGAUGUUCAAGUGAUUAUGAAGCAGAGACAAGCAAAUAUCCAGAAUGUGUACCUGAAAAAUGUGGGAGGAUAGUUACAGAUAAAUUGGUAUCAUCAACAGAAACUGACGUCUUAUUGAAAAUAGCAGUAAGUGGUUUGAAUUUGGGUGGUUCUGAUGGAGGUGCAAGUAUUUUGGAUCUUCAUUCUGGUGCACUGAGUAAAGGUCAAGGUUUUAUAGACAUUUAUACUUUACCAGAAGCAAAAAAGAUAUUCAAUAGUGCUGAUUUUGCAAUUUAUAAAGUAGUAAAAACUAAAAUACAACAUGCAGUAGCACAUAACUUUGGCAUACCUUCAAACAAAAUAUUUUUAACAAAGCCAACUUUUUUUUCUCGAAUGACUAAUGUGUCUGCAAAAACGAUACAUGAUGAAUAUUGGCAUCCUCACGUUGAUAAGGAAACAUAUGAAUCUUUUCACUAUACAACUUUACUUUAUCUGAACGACUUUGGAAGGGAUUUUGAAGGAGGCCGAUUUAUGUUUAUAGAUAAAAAUAACGUGAAAACUAUAAUAGAACCUCGUAAAGGUAGGGUAUCUAUGUUCACUUCAGGUAGUGAGAAUUUACACGUAGUUGAAAAAGUACAAUCAGGAACUCGAUAUGCGUUAACCAUAUCUUUUACAUGUGAUCCAAAUGCUGCAAUUUCUGAUCCAAAUCAUCGACUAAAACAAGAAAAAUAAAAUUAUUGUAUAAAUAAAAAUUCAUUAUAAUUUUAUAUUGAAAGUUUACCUUUAAAAUGUUCCUUCUAAUAAAAUAUUUUAUUUCA